GCGCGCGAGGAGCGUUCAUUCAACCAAACCGCGACGAUGGCCGUAACGUGCAGCAGAGAUAUUUAAAAGAAACCUAAAGACCCCAUGUAUUAUUCGGGCAUAUUAUUCGGAUUUGUGGCGUUUUCGAUGCCUAGGCGUGACAACAACGACUCGAAAUGCUUUCUUCAUUGUUUACGAACGAUUCGUGUUAAAGUAAAGGGCGAUUGAUUUAAACGGCUUUCAGUCAUACGGACGCGGAUUCCUAAGUGGCUGGAGAUAAACACAAACUAGCCAUUCCUGAAACUGCCCACAUACAUGUACAAUAACGCGAUUAGAAAGCGAAUCGUUAUCUGUUUGACCAAUUGAACUGAUCAAAGUGCAAACAAGAGAAAAGCGAGGCUUCUGUCAGAGAAGGUGAGGAAGAGGAAUCGUUUGCUGGGAUCACUAAAAUUGGCCAUUUAAUGGGCUCAGAUAACGCUUCAGAGUUAAAGGGGAAGGAGGCGAAGUCUCAAUGGAAGUUGUUUAUCGAGGAUAUCAGUGUUUUACAAUUGGUGAUUUCAUUUCUCUUUUUAGGAGUGUCCUGUCUACUGUUGAUGAUCUACUUGAUGUUCACCUCUCUGUGGCUCAUCCCCAUUCUCUACUUCUCCUGGCAGCUCUAUGAUUGGCAAACACCUGAGAGAGGUGGCAGAAGAACAAAGUUUGUGAGAAACUGGGAAGUAUGGAAACACUUCCGAGACUAUUUUCCUGUGAAGCUGGUAAAGACUGCUGAAUUGAAUCCCAGUAAGAACUAUGUUUUGGGUUGUCACCCCCAUGGCAUCAUGUGUGUGGGAGCAUUCUCAUGCUUCGGCACAGACCAUAACGGAUUUGCGGAAACCUUUCCUGGAAUACGCUCCACUCUUGCAAUCCUAGCCGGACUUUUUCGCCUUCCUCUCUUCAGAGAAUAUGUUUUGUGUGCAGGUCUGUUGCCUGUCAGUAAAGAGAGUUUGGAUUAUUUGCUGAGCCGUACUGGUGUGGGUAAUGCUGUGGUCAUCAUCAUUGGUGGGGCAGAGGAAUCACUUACCUCGUCUCCAGGAAUAAACACCGUAGUCAUGAAACACAGGAAAGGCUUUGUACGACUGGCCCUUGAACAUGGGGCUGACCUGGUUCCCGUGUACUCCUUUGGGGAGAACGAGCUGUUUCCGCAGGUGGUUCUGCCUGAGGGCAGUGUGGGUCGACGGCUGCAGGCUCUUUUUAAGCAGAUUAUGGGUUUUGCUCCAUGUCUCUUCACUGGGGGGCGCUGGCUGCUUCUGCCAUUCAGACGUCCUGUGACAACCGUGGUGGGCCAUCCCAUUACAGUGCCUCAGGUUGACAGUCCAUCUCAGGAACAGGUGGAUCAUUACCACAGUUUAUACAUGAAGGCUCUGUCUGAACUUUUCCACAGACAUAAAACCAGCUGCGGACUUGCCGACACACACGAGCUGCGCUUCAUCUAGAAAUGUUGGAAAGUUAAUGAAAACAGCUGUCUGGAAUAUAAUGUGGGACAGAUACAAGAAAAGGAAAAUGCACUUAUUUUUGUACUGAUGUCAUGUUAAUGUUUUAGCUAUUUAGUUCUCCAAAGUGAUGCUCAAAGCACAAAAUGAACCAAAUGGGGGCUGUAUAUGUGCCUUAAAAGAACUCACAAAAACACUUUAGUCAUCCAGGUUGAAAGGAUUUGCUCACCUUUAUCACAGUUCUGUUUCAAAGUUCUCCCUGCUGAAGCACUCAAAAUUUCAUCCAUGUUAGUGCUCAUUAUGAAAAGAUGAUGUAUAAAGAGUAUGGGGCGGGGGUGUGGAAUUAUUGCCAGUUCAGAAUUAUUUUAAUAUCAGAAGCAUGGAUGAUUUAUAAAUGUGUUUCGCUGUUUUUCGUCAGUGGCAUGUAUAAGAGCAAAGUCUUUAAAGUACCUCUCUAUGAAAAACGGAUCAUAAAACCAGCACAUUUUUACCA